GCCACGCUCUUCAGCUGCGCCUCCCUCACCCGCCUCUAUCUCGGCAUCUGGAGGCUCCCGGACUCCGCCGCCGUACCGCGCGGCGCUAGAUUUCCCAACCUCCGGGAGCUCGGCCUCUGCAUGAUUGCGAUGAAGGACCGUGAUCUGGCCUUGCUGCUGGAAAGAAGCCCCGUCUUGGAGUUCCUCCUCAUCAUGGGAUGUCAGAUCGGAGUGCGCCUCCGCCUCGUCAGCCAAAGCCUGCGGUGCCUUCAGCUCAGCAUGUUCUUCUUGGGCGACAUGGACGUGGUGGAUGCCCCUUGUCUGGAGAGACUUUUUCAGUAUAACACCAACAAGAACCGCUCUUCCAGGAUCAAGAUUGGCCAAGCACCUAAACUUCGAGUUCUGGGAUACCUUGAGCCAGGAGGGCAGGAAUUGAUCAUCGUGGCUGGGAGCAAGGAGAGCAUUGUUCCUAGUGUGCAGAUUUUGGCCAUGGAGGUGCAGUUCGGUGUGCGCAGUGUUGUCAAGAAAGUGCCUGGCUUUCUCAGAUGCUUCCCCAACCUGGAGACGCUCCACGUGCAGUCUCACCACAUAUCUGAAGAGCCCACCAGGAAGGUCAAUGUCAAGUUCUGGCUGCAGGGCGGUCCCAUCAAAUGCGUCGUGGAGAGCAUGAGGAAGGUGUUCUUGUACGAGUUCUGAGGGUCGAGAAGCGAGGUUACUUUCCUCAAGUUUGUCGCGGAGAGGGCUCGGGUGCUGGAGCAGAUGGUGGUCGUGGUGUCCAGCAAAUCUUUCUCUCCAGGGGAUGAUGUGGGUGCCAAGCUGAAGCCUCUGACCAAUGCAAAAUGAGCGAGUAAAGCUUGCAAACUUGAGCUCUUCAAGAGCCCACCGGCUCAAUGCGGUGUGGCACCCUUCUGUCACAGGCUAGCAAAUGAUUUCUCGUUCCCGGACCCUUUUAACGUCAAAGAGUACUGUGAAGAAAGAACCGCUGAGUUAACUAUAGUACAGUAGCACCCCGACUCUUGUACUCCCUCCUUCCGAAAAUACUUGCCAUCAAAAUGGAUAAAAAGAGAUGUAUCUAGAACUAAUAUAUGUCUAGAUACAUCCCCUUUUGUUCAUUUUGAUGACAAGUAUUUUCGGACGGAGAGAGUACAAGACUACUGGUACCUAGCUAGACUUUGUGCUGCUGGACUUGGCAUUGGCAGCAGCUCAAAAACCUGCAUUUCGUGUGAUUUAUCUGGCAGGCCAUUUUUUUAUAGAUUGCACAUUUGCCAAGUCUUAUGAGGCCGGAUGCUUGAGGGAGUAACUAAUAUAAUUAGAUAAAA